GCGGGGCGGCGCGCGCGGAUUGGCGGCGGGCGGGCGGGACGGUUGAGCCGCGCGGGCCGGCGGCGCGCGCGCGCGCCAUGGCGGCAGUGUGGCAGAACCCCUACCUGAACGUCUUCAAGCACUUCAAAGUGGAGGAAUGGAAGCGGUCAACGAAAGAGGGGGAUGUGACAACCUUCAUGGACAAGACGCUGAAGGGAACGGUGUAUCGGAUCCGAGGCUCCAUUCCUGCUAGUAACUACAUUCAGCUGCCAAAGACCAGCACACAGUCGCUGGGCCUUGUUGGGCGUUACCUCUACGUGCUGUUCAGGCCUAUGCCAAACAAAUACUUCGUUGUGCAUCUGGAUGUUGCUACAGAGGAUAACCAGGUGGUUCGCAUCUCUUUCUCCAACCUAUUUAAGGAGUUCAAAUCCACGGCCACAUGGCUUCAGUUCCCCUUCAUCUGUGGAGCUUCCAAAGGGUCAGUUUAUGAGAGCACAGCCAAGACUUCCAAGCAAGAUCUAGUGGGAGCAGCCCCUGCCAACGUGCGCUGGACCUGUCUGAUGCUUGAUCUCCACUACAUCCUCUCCAUGUAUCUCAACCGACGUUACAGCCAUCUGAAGAGUGUCAAGCUCUGUUCCAAUCUACUUGUGAAAAAUCUCUGCACAAGUGACUUGCUGUUUGACCCAGGUGUGACUUUCUCUGAAGCCCGACAAGCUAACCUGGCCUGCCAUGGUAUGUCUCCCAUGCCACGGGAAAUGGCAUUCCCUGUGCCAAAGGGAGAGAAGUGGCAUGACCGCUACGACUAUAUCAGGUUUCCAUCCGAUGGGUCCAAGCUGCCAUAUGACUCGAUCCAAAAGAGCUGUUCCAGUCUUGCAGCAGGUGGCCAAGUUUUGGAAGACCCAGUCCACCAGCUGCCCCAGCCAGUAACACUCACCAAAGCAGUCCGUGACCGACUGUCCCUCAUCCAGCAGAUAACCAGUCCCAAAGCUAUGCCACGUAGGUGUCCUCUAAUUACAAAAAGCAUUCCUGAGGUUCACCUAACAACCCCAGGGCCUUUGGAAACCAUGCAUGCUGGGGAGCAGGAGGUAAACAAGAAAGGGAGACUACAAGGUGCUGGCGACUCUGCUGGGCAGUCACCAGCAGUCACUGAUGGUGGUAUUCACGUGUAUGCUCACAAGAAGAGUGAACGAACUAUCCAUGCUGUCAACACUAGCUUGGAGAAGAGUGUAUACAUGAAGGUCACUGGACCAGAUGUGCUGUCUAGCAGGAGAGCCUCUCACUGCAGGAGGCUCUUACCAGAUCCAAUCCUGAAGCUGAGGACAAUUAUUGGCUUUGGAGGGUGCAGCACCAAAUGGGCGCUGUGGACUCGGGACAACUCUGCGGUGGUCUACCCCUGCCAUGCUGUUAUAGUGACCAUGCAGAUUCAGACCGGAGAACAGAGGUUCUUCGUUGGACAUACAGAUAAGGUGUCAGCACUGGCAUUCAAUGGAAACAGCACCUUGCUAGCUUCUGCACAGACUGGCCCCUUGAGCGUGGUGCGCCUCUGGGAAUUCCCGAAGGGGAACUGCCUGUCAGUGUUUAAAACCCACGUCCGGUCGCUCGCAUCCCUAAGCUUUUCCUACAGUGGGGCAGUUCUUUGUGGCAUUGGAAAGGACGGACAUGGCAAAAUGAUGGUCAUGGUGUGGAACACUGCUCAGGUGACCUGUGGUGGAGAGGUAGUCGUGCUGGCCAAAGCACACACAGAUGUGGACAUCCAAACUUUGAAGAUUGCUUUUUUUGAUGAUACCAGGAUGGUGUCGUGCGGCAGGGAUAAUGUGAGGCUGUGGCGAGUGCGGGGCGGAGCACUGCGCUCGUGUCCUGUGAAUCUGGGCGAGUACCAUUCCCUGGAGUUCACCGAUCUGGCCUUCGAGGAGGGGCACUCGGCGGAGCGGGAGCCGGAGGACCGCACGCUCUUUGUCUGCAGCAAGAGCGGUCACGUACUGGAAAUGGACUACAAGAAUGUCUGCAUCAGGAGCGCCCGGCGGCUCCUGCCCUCCCAGCCCCAGCACUGUCACCAGCAAGAAAAGCAAGCCUGUGGUGCAGGCCCUGGGAUUGCUAUAAACAGUAUUAGCGUCUCCUCAACUUUCUGUGCUACGGGUUCAGAAGAUGGUUAUCUGCGGCUGUGGCCACUGGACUUCUCUGCUGUCAUCUUAGAGGCAGAGCACGAGGCUCCAGUGAGUUCUGUCUGCGUCAGUCCAGACAGCCUCAAAGUUUUGUGUACAACCACCACUGGGAAUCUGGGCUACCUGGAUAUACAGUCCCGAGAUUAUAACACCCUCAUGCGCUCUCACACGGACUCAAUUUUGGCAUUUUCUGUGGAGGGGAUUCGGAAGCAGAUGGCAACAGUGUCUCAGGAUAACACCAUCCGAGUCUGGGACCUUGUGACCAUGCAGCAGCUGUAUGACUUCACAGCUGCAGAUGAAAGGCCAUGUGCUGUGGCCUUUCACCCCACCCAGCAGAUCCUUGCCUGUGGCUUUGACAGCGGGGUGGUGCGAACCUUCAGCCUGGCUGCCUCCGACCUCCUGGUGGAACACAAGCAGCACCGUGCUGCUAUCACUGGUCUGACCUUCUCUCCAGAUGGCAAUUUCAUGUUCAGUUCCUGUUCACAGGGAACUCUGGCUCUUUACAACUGUGUGGUACAGAAAAGCCAUGUCCUGAGAGUCCUGGGUAAUGUGGUGGUCCGGGAUGCUGGGAGUGGUCCUGAUGCUUUGGUGCUUAGUGAGGACAGCCGUCUCCUGGCCUUUGUGGGUCCCUCUAAGUUCAUUGUGACUGUGAUGGAGGCCUGCUCUCUUGAUGAGCUGCUGAAGGUGGACAUCAGCAUCUUUGAUUUGGACAGCGUGGCCCUGGACUCUGCGGUGAGAAUCUGCUUUGCUCCUGUGCCUCAAGGCCAGCUCCUGGUAUCCACUUCCUCCAAUAAAAUCCUUGUGCUUGAUGCAAAAAGUGGACGACUGGUGCGAGAGGUGCCUCCUGUGCACAAGCUGUCCUGUUCUUCUUUGUCAUUAAGCAAGGAUGCCAGGUACCUGCUCACUGCUGGUGACAAGGUUAUCAAAGUGUGGGACUACCAGAUGCGCUUUGAUGUCAACUUCCAGGUAUACAUUGGCCACUCGGAGCCAGUGCGACACGUGGCCUUCACCCCAGACCAAGAGCAUGUUGUCAGUGUUGGAGACGCCAUCUUCCUCUGGGAUUUCCUAGCUCUGUCUGCAGAGGGGUCACCCCCAGCUGUUGCGCAUUCUUCCAAGGCUGAUCUGCCUCCCAGAGUAGAAAGGAGCUCUGAGAAGCUGAAGGAUGCCACGGAGAUACCUCGGCAGACAGCUCCUCUUCCAUUGUUGUCCUCACCACCAUGUCUGGGUGUCAGUUCUGUCCACCAAGUGGGAUGUCAUGGUAUUUUCUCCGAGUCAGAUGAAGAGGAGGAAGCAAAUCUCCCAGGCAGCAGCAAAACAGUGGCAAAUGGAGACAAAGACCCGUCGGUCCUUGUGGUGGAGUCAGUCAGGAGUGAGGAGCCUUUUGUUGUGAGGCCCAAAGUGAGACAGGAGAGCUCGAGGUCUCCCAGUCACUCAGGAAAUGCAUCUAGAAAGGAGACCAAAGGUCCCAAAUCCCAGUGCUCCAUCCGCCCAGAUUCCUAUCGGCAUUUUACUCCUCGCUUUAAGGCAUCAGUGCUCCCCCAGAGUUUCUCAUCACCUCCAGCUGGCUAUGAGGUCUUGAAGCUAAAAGCAGUGAUCGGCUACAAUGGGAAUGGCAGAGGGAAUAUGGUGUGGAACCCAGACACAGGCUUCUUCGCCUACACCUGCGGUUGCAUCAUUGUGGUUGAAGACCUGCACUCAGGAUCACAGAAUCACUGGCUUGGCCACGCUGAGGAGGUCUCUACACUAGCUGUCAGCCACGAUGCCCAGGUUCUUGCCUCUGCUUCGGGACGGAGGAGUGGAGACUCACACUGUCAGAUCUGCAUCUGGAACAUCCAGGAAGGGGUUUGCACAAGACGUCUCUCCCAUCAUGAGACGCAAGUGCAAGCCAUGGCAUACUCUCGGGAUGACAGAUUUCUCAUUACAUUAGGUGACUACAGUGAUCAAACUAUUGCACUGUGGGAUACCUACACUUAUGAACUCAUGUCAUCGACUCACAUCUCAGAGCCAGUCCAUGAUGUGGCUUUUAAUCCUCUUUCUCACGGAGAACUGGCCUGUGUGGGGAGGGGAGCAGUGACGUUUUGGCUGUUGGAGCAGCGGGGGGCUGACAUCAACCUCAAGGUUCAUCAGGCGCCUGUCCCUGAUGCGUUAGGACUGGUGGAACUGACCUCACUGUGUUACGGUGACGACCCUCUUCUUUAUAGCGGGACCAACACAGGCCAGAUCUGUGUGUGGGACACAGAGACUAAUCGCUGCUUCAUGACAUGGGAGGCUGAUGAAGGCGAGAUCGGUGUGCUGGUGUGUCAGCACAACAGGCUGGCCAGCGGCAGCAACACGAAACGCAUCCGUCUGUGGGCAGUGGCAGCCGUGGAGGAGCUGAGGCAGAAAGGUUCUGACGCCAGGUCUAGCUCCGUCCUGCUGGAACAUGAGAUGACCCUCGAUGGGACAAUAGUCAGUGCAGCCUUUGAUGACUAUCUAGAAAUGGGAAUUGUGGGCACCACCACAGGAACACUGUGGUACAUCAACUGGACAGAGAGCACGAGCAUCCGACUAAUCAGCGGACACAAGAACAAGGUGAACGAAGUGUCCUUCAGUCCUGAUGAGACUCACUGUGCCACGUGUGCUGAAGAUGGCAGUGUGAGGAUUUGGUCUCUGGGCAGCAUGGAGCUGGUGGUACAGUUUCAAGUGCUGAACCAGAGCUGCCAGUGCCUGGCCUGGAAGCCUUGGCCCAUUGGUGCCCCGGGAGCUGAGAGCCAGCACGUGGUAGCAGGGUACAGCGACGGCACCAUCCGUGUGUUCAGCAUUUCCAGGACGGAGAUGGAGCUGAAAAUGCACCCACACGCUGUUGCACUGACAGCAGUUGCCUAUACCACAGACGGAGAAAUCGUCUUAUCAGGGGGCAAGGACGGAGUUGUGGCUGUCAGCAGCCCUCGCACUGGAAUGACUAUUCGCAUCCUCACUGACCACAAAGGCUCCCCCAUCACUGUCAUCCAGUGCACCAGGAAGCAGUACUAUGACUUUGGGGUGGAGGGCAGUGAACUCUGGCUGGCCACCAGCUCAGAUCGGCGGGUCAGCGUCUGGGCCUCCGACUGGCUGAAGGAUAAAUGCGAGCUCCUUGACUGGCUCAGCUUCCCUGCUCCUGCAGUUCCUGAGGGUCUCAGCAGCCUCCCUCCGAGCCUGGCAGCAUUCUGCCCUUGGGAACACGGUACUCUGGUUUACGUUGGCUUUGGGAUGCAGAAGGAAGUCUUGUUUUACAGUCUGCGCAAGAAGCAGGUAGUUGGGAAGAUCUCCUUGCCGUACUUUGCCAUGUCGCUGAGCCUGUCUCCCGCAGCGCGCUUCCUCGCUGUCGGCUUUGGCGGUAAGUACUGGAGCGCGCCGUGGGCUCUGCUCCCCGGGCAGCCUGUCCCCAGGUUACCUCUGGCAGGGAGGGAUCUCCCAUUCUCUCUGCCUGCAAGUGUGAGUGGACCAAGCAUCCCUGUCUCUUCACUGAGAGUUAGAGAUGGGUGCACACAUCCACCACGUCCACCGAGCCUGGCGUGACCUCCUGGGGGGAGCUACAGCCCCAGGAGCGCAGGGAGCUGCCCCCUCUCCUGGGCAGGGUGGGUGUCAGGCCCAGAGAAAGCCCUGUGAGACUCGCAGCUUAGAAAGGAGCUAAGAUGAAGUCAGGCCUGACGGAUGGGGCACGUGCUUAUUCAUGAGCAAGAUUUGUCACUGGAAUGACUCCUCGGGGUUAUGGGCUGUCUUCAUCUCCUCUGCCUGGGAGUGAGCAGCUCUGCAGCUGUGUGGGUUAGAGGCAGAAGGGACCUUCCCACAGCACAGGGACAAUCUGUGCAUCAGUGCCCUCCUUUUGGAGGACACCUCACUCCACUAGCUGUUUGUUUGUCUCCUGGCGGCGGUGUGUCCGUCUGUCCUGCUCUGACAGCGACUCGAGAGCCCAAGAGCAUGAUGUGCUGCACAGCCGAGCGCCGGGGCCCUAGUGCUUUGGAGGGCGUGUGGCUCCCUGGCUCCACUGCUCAGCAGGGCUGCAGGGACGUGCUGCUGCGUGCAUUGCUGCAGCGUGCCGGUGUGCUGUGUGGAGCGGCCCCCCUCGAUUACCAGCUGUUAAUUGCGCACUCACUUCCACGAGAAGCUGUCCCGUCACUCAGCUUGUCAAAAAGCUGUUCAGCAGGGGGCAGAUCUCCUCCUGUGCUCGGGGAAGGGGGGGGAUUAUCAGUAAAGGAAGCUAAACGGAGAGGAGGGGAGGUCUCGCUUUCAUGAGGAAUGCUUCACAGCCAGAGAACGGGAAUUCAGCUCCUCAUUACUGCCGGCUCCCUGCCAGCCCCCCAGCGCCCGGGGUCCGCACCCCCUCCUGUGCCCCAGGCCACAGGGGAGAGGGGUCAAGCCUGCAGCUCCUGCACACUGAGGUGGGGUCCCAGCUGCAGGGUGGGCAGAGGCUGCGGCAGCCCCCCCGCCCCCGCCGAUGCUCCCCGCUUCCCCCCAGAGCGGCUGCUGCGGCUGCUGCGCGGCCCGGCGGGAGCGGAGCAGGACUACGCUGGGCACGACGACGCCGUGCACC